UUGACUGCAAACCCAUCCGCUGUGCAGGAGAAGGGUUUUCUAGCACAAUGAUUGGAAGACUGGCCGCUCUGAUUCUUCUUGGUACAGUGUAUCUGAUUCAAACUGCAGAGGUUCCUCAACAGGUCUCUUUGACUUUGGUUGAACUUGGUGGAAAUGUUACGUUGUGGUGUCCAGUUUUCAGAGAAGGAUACUUUUACUGGUACAAGCAGACUUUGGGACAUAUGAUCCAAACAGUUGCUACAGUAACUUUCACUGGACAGAAACUUAGUCUGCAAUUGAACAACACACGUUUCAAAGUCACAGGAGGGGAGACUCAGUAUUCUCUUACCAUCAGAAAUAUAACCAAAGAGGACGAAGCAACAUAUUUCUGUCUCAUUGGAACAGCGUAUGGACAAAGUUUUGUCAACGUCACCUUCUUGGCUGUUAAAGAUCGUAAGCAGCAGAGAUCUUUCUACGUGAAACAAAGUCCGCUCACUGAGUCGGUCCAGCCGGGCGACUCGGUGACUCUCCAGUGUUCACUUGUCUCCAGGAACAAAGAAGACAGAGUCCAGUGUCCAGGUGAACACAGUGUGCACUGGUUCAGAUCUGGAUCAGGAGAAUCUCAUCCAGGCUUCAUUCACACUCACAGUGAUGCUCAAGAAGAAAGAAGUUGUGACUUCAGUCUGUCCAAAACUAUACACAACUCCUCUGAUACUGGGACCUACUACUGUGCUGUGGCCACAUGUGGAGAGAUCCUGUUUGGUGAAGGAACCCAAGUGGACACAAGAUCAAAACUGGAACCAGUUGUCAUCGGGCUUGGAGUCCUGUUGGCCUGCUGUGUGACUGCGAUUGUCCUCCUUAUUUUUCUCUCUGGCAUUGUUUCACAUAGUUCCCAGAUUUAUAAAAAAAUAAUGUUUUAGGUUGCCAAUAAAAAAUAUGACGUUUUUAGUGUUUUCAAUUCAUAAGCGUCAACUUUCACCGAAGCGUUUGGCCAUUGGUACUAAAUAGUACAUGAUCAGAUGCUGCACCAUGCAGCCUGGUGAU